AUGGCCACGUCGGAAGAAAAUAUCCGUCGCAUCCUCAAGCCAGGCGUCUACGUGCCUACGCUUGCGUUUUUUAACAAGGACACCGAGGAACUGGAUGAGCAGACGAUAGCAGAGCACGCUGUCCGUAUGGCAAAGGCCGGGGUCGCAGGGUUGAUCAUUCAGGGCACGCAGGGCGAGUACGCGCAUCUUUCUCACAAGGAGCGAUGCAGAAUCACACGGACAACUCGACAUGCAGUGGCGAGUGCCGGGUACACCCAGCUGCCCAUCAUUGUGGGCUGCGGGGCACAGUCGACCGGGGAGACGAUCGAGCUUUGCCAGGAUGCCCAUGCUUCCGGCGGUGACUAUGCUAUCAUUCUGCCUCCGUCCGUAUACAGGGCCUACUACUCCAAGGAUACCAUUAAGGAUUUUUUCACGGACGUCGCUAAUACCUCUCCUAUCCCGAUUCUCAUCUACAAUUUCCCAGCGGGGGCUGGGGGCAUAGAGCUCGACUCGGACACAAUAAUCGAGCUGGCUGGACAUCCCAACACCGUGGGCUGCAAGCUGAGCUGUGGGAAAACUGGGUCACUCAAUCGGAUCGCGUCCGCAACGAGGCCUUUGACUCCAACCGAUAGAGGCGAUGGGUUUCUGUGCCUGGGGGGUUAUGCGGAUAUUGCUCUCCAGAGUUUGAUUGGGGGCGCUUCCGGGAUAGCCUCUGGUCUGGCGAAUCUCGCUCCAAAGACCGUGGUGCGGCUGGUCGAACUGUAUCACUUGGGUCGGCUUAACGAGGCCAGGCUGCUCCAGGAGAUUGUGGCUCGGGCAGAUUGGAUCGGCACCAAGUACGGCAUUUGCGCUUUCAAAAGCUCGAUUGAGUCCUAUUUUGGGUAUGGGGGAUUCGCACGGAGGCCUCUUCCUCGGCCGACUGACCAGGAGGCAAAACUAUACAAGGACGCAUUUAGCCAGUUGGUUGAUAUUGAGAAGUCGUUAUAA